CAGGCGGGGGGCGCGUGGCCAUGACUCUGGAGAGGCUGUGGAAGCACGUCCGGCAGUACCUGGACCAGCAACAGUAUCAGAGUGCUCUAUUUUGGGCAGAUAAAGUAGCUUCACUCUCUCAUGAGGAACCCUAGGACAUUUACUGGUUGGCUCAGUGUCUUUACCUGGCAGCCCAAUAUCAUAGAGCAGCUCAUGCACUUAGGUCACGAAAACUGGACAAAUUGUAUGAAGUGUGUCGCUACCUCGCAGCUAGAUGCCACUUUGCUGUGAAAGAGCAUCAGCAGGCUCUCAAUGUUCUCGACAUGGAUGAGCCAAUCAACAAAAGGCUGUUUGAGAAAUGCUCGAAGGAUGACAGCAGCUUGAGAGACCCCUCCAGUGACUGGGAAAUGUCACAGUCCUCAAUAAAGAGUUCUAUUUGUCUUUUACGAGGAAAAAUCUAUGACGCUCUAGAUAACCGAACCCUUGCUACCUACAGGUAUAAAGAAGCUUUGAAGCUUGACGUCUACUGCUUUGAAGCAUUUGAUCUUUUAACGUCACACCACAUGUUGACAGCCCAAGAAGAAAAAGAACUUCUUGAAUCACUACCUCUUAGCAAGCUCUGUAUUGAAGAACAGGAAUUGCUACGUUUUCUAUUUGAAAACAAAUUGAAAAAGUAAAAUAAGCCUAGUGAAACUGUCAUCCCUGAGUCUGUGGAUGGUUUGCAAGAGAAUCUGGAUGUGGUGGUGUCUUUAGCUGAAAGACAUUAUUAUAACUGUGAUUUUAAAAUGUGCUACAAGCUGACUUCUGUAGUAAUGGAAAAAGACCCUUUCCAUGCAAAUUGUUUACCUGUACAUAUAGGGACACUUGUGGAGCUGAAUAAAGCAAACGAACUUUUCUAUCUUUCUCAUAAAUUGGUGGACUUAUAUCCUAGUAAUCCUGUGUCUUGGUUUGCAGUGGGAUGCUAUUAUCUCAUGGUUGGUCAUAAAAAUGAACAUGCCAGAAGAUAUCUCAGCAAAGCUACGACACUGGAGAAGACCUAUGGGCCAGCGUGGAUCGCAUAUGGGCAUUCGUUCGCAGUUAAGAGUGAACAUGACCAAGCGAUGGCCGCUUACUUCACAGCAGCACAGCUGAUGAAAGGGUGUCAUUUGCCAAUGCUUUAUAUUAGAUUAGAAUAUGGAUUGACCAAUAACUCAAAAUUGGCUGAAAGAUUCUUUGGCGAAGCUCUAAGCAUCGCACCAGAAGAUCCUUUUGUUAUGCAUGAGGUUGGCGUGGUUGCAUUUCAAAAUGGAUAAUGGAAAACAGCGGAAAAAUGGUUUCUCGAUGCUUUGGAAAAAAUUAAAGCAAUUGGGAAUGAGGUUACAGUUGACAAAUGGGAACCUUUGUUGAACAACUUGGGCCAUGUCUGCAGAAAACUUAAAAAGUACGCCGAGGCCUUGGACUACCACCGGCAGGCCCUGGUGCUGAUUCCGCAUAACGUGUCCACCUGUUCUGCCAUAGGCUACAUCCACAGCCUGAUGGGCAACUUUGAAAACACUGUGGACUAUUUCCACACAGCACUUGGUCUUAGGAGAGAUGAUACAUUUUCUGUUACAAUGCUGGGUCAUUGCAUUGAAAUGUACAUCAGUGAUUCUGAAGCUUAUAUUGGAGCAGACAUCAAAGACAAAUUAAAAUGUUAUGACUUUGAUGUGCAUACAAUGAAGACAUUAAAAAACAUUAUUUCACCUCCGUGGGAUUUCAGGGAAUUUGAAGUAGAAAAACAGACUGUGGAAGAAGCAGGGCUUGCACCGCUAGAAACCUCAAGGAAAACUCCAGAUUGCAGACCUUCCUUGGAAGAAACCUUUGAAAUUGAAAUGAAUGAAAGUGACAUGAUGUUAGAGACACCUGUGUCGGACCACAGUACGUGAUUCCAGAUGCGUCCCUGCUCCCCUUUGUCUUAGAGUAGGUCAGUGUUUCCUCUCAUCCUUGUCUUGUCUUAAAAAUUUCCCCUUCUCAACAUGCGUCCAGACCCCACCUCUGCAUUUAGGAGUGGACCUGCCUUAAGAGACUGGAGUGCAUGCCUUGCAGCAGAUGUUUUCUGAUCCUACAAAAUAGUUACAUGAAGUGAAAUAAAGGAGGGAAACCAUUAAAAAAAAAAAAAGAAAAAGCACCAUAAGAGAUUACUACAAGCAGCUACAUGCCAAUAAAAUGGACAACCUGGAGGAAAUGGACAGAUUCUUAGAAAAGUAUAACCUUCCAAGACUGAAUCAGGAAGACAUAGAAAAUAUGAACAGACCAAUCACAAGGAAUGAAAUUGAAACUGUGAUUAAAAAUCUCCCAACAAACAAAAGUCCAGGACCAGAUGGAUUCACACGUGAAUUUUAUCAAACAUUUUGAGAAGAGCUAACACCCAUCUUUCUCAAACUCUUCCAAAACAUUGCAGAGGAAGGAACAAUCCCAAACUCAUUUUAUGAAGCCACCAUCACCCUGAUACCAAAACCAGACAAAGAUACUACAAAAAAAGAAAACUACAGACCAAUAUCACUGAUGAAUUUAGAUGCAAAAUCCUCAACAAAAUACUAGCCAACAGAAUCCAACAACACAUUAAAAGGAUCAUCCACCAUGACCAAGUGGGGUUUAUCCCUGGAAUGCAAGGA